GGGCAUCCAGGGCCUGCACGAGGAGAUCGUCGACUUCUAUAACUUCAUGUCCCCAUGCCCGGAGGAAGCGGCAAUGCGCAGAGAAGUCGUUAAACGGAUCGAAACCGUCAUCAAAGACCUAUGGCCGAGUGCCGACGUGCGGAUCUUCGGCAGCUUCAGUACAGGCCUGUAUCUCCCAACCAGCGACAUCGACCUGGUAGUCUUUGGAAAGUGGGAGCGGCCACCUCUGCAGCUGCUGGAGCAGGCGCUGCGGAAGCACAGUGUGGCUGAGCCGUGCUCCAUCAAAGUCCUGGACAAGGCCACGGUCCCGAUAAUCAAGCUCACCGACCAGGAGACAGAGGUGAAAGUAGACAUCAGCUUCAAUGUGGAGACCGGGGUCCGGGCCGCCGAGCUCGUCAAGAGCUAUGUGAAGAGGUACUCACUGCUGCCCUACCUGAUCCUCGUGCUGAAGCAGUUCCUCCUCCAGCGGGACCUGAACGAGGUCUUCACGGGCGGCAUCAGCUCCUACAGCCUCAUUCUGAUGGCCAUCAGCUUCCUGCAGCUGCACCCACGGAUUGAUGCUCGAAGGGCGGACGAGAACCUGGGGAUGCUGCUGGUGGAGUUUUUUGAGCUCUACGGCAGAAAUUUUAACUACCUGAAGACGGGCAUCCGGAUAAAGGAAGGUGGCGCCUAUAUCGCCAAAGAAGAGAUCGUGAAAGCCAUGCCCAGUGGCUACCGGCCGUCCAUGCUGUGCAUUGAGGACCCUCUGCUGCCUGGCAAUGACGUGGGCCGGAGCUCGUACGGGGCCAUGCAGGUGAAGCAGGUGUUCGACUACGCCUACAUCGUGCUGAGCCACGCCGUGUCGCCGCUCGCCAGCUCCUACCCCAACCGCCACGCUGAGAGCACGCUGGGACGCAUCAUCAAGGUCACACAGGAGGUCAUCGACUACCGGCGCUGGAUCAAGGAGAAGUGGGGCAGAGCCAGCCCGACACCCGAGCUCGACAACAGGAUGAAGAUGAAGGAGCGGCUGCUCGUGUACAGCGGGGAGCAGGCCCAGGAGCGAGAGCUGGGCUCCCCCUACAGCCAGCGCCUGACUCUGUCCCUGUCCAGCCCGCGGCUCCUCUCCUCUGGCUCCUCCGCCUCCUCUGUGUCCUCACUCUCGGGCAGCGACAUCGACUCGGACACGCCGCCCUGCACCACGCCCAGCGUUUACCAGCUCAGCCUCCAGGCCCCACCGCUGAUGGCCGCUCUGCCCACCGCCCUGCCGGUGCCCAGCGGCAAACCCCAGACCACCGCCUCUCGAACGUUGAUCAUGACGGCAAACAACCAGACGAGGUUCGCGAUACCUCCCCCAACCCUGGGCGUGGCCCCUGUUCCCUGCAGACAGGUGGGCCUGGAAGGCACCCCGUCCCUGAAAGCUGCCCACCACGUAUCGUCCCCACUGCCCCCGGCCACACCCCACACGCUUCCCAGUCCACACCUGUACCACAAGCACGGGGCUGCGAAGCUGUCGGUGAAGGGUUCACAUGGCCAGGGUGGUGGCCACAGCUCGGUGGCCGGUGCCGGUGCCGGUGCCAGCGUCCGGCCCCCCGUGGGAAACCGAGGCCCUCAGCAGUACAACCGGCCCGGCUGGAGGAGGAGGAAGCACACGCACACACGUGACAGCCUGCCCGUCAGCCUCAGCAGAUAGCGCCUGUCCCCAUGGCGACGCUGGGCCCUGCAGACCGUGGCUCCGUUUGCGCUUCAGCCUCUUUCCCGUCCCGGUGGUGCUGCAGCGGGAGGGGGCCUCCCCGCGGAGGGACGAGGCCGGGCCGCCUUUGUUUUACUGCCCUCGUGUUUUGUUUGAGAUUCCAGGACUGCUUUUCUAUGUAGAUAUCGAACACUUAUGAUUUGUGCAAUAACUCAGAUAUUUUUUAUUUAAUUUCAUAUUUUCAUGUAAGUUAUAUCUAAGGGAGAGGGGAUUUUAAACAAGCCUAGGUCCUUUCCCAGCGACAUUUUCUAAGUUGGGUUCAUCAUGUCUCUGGGGGUCUGGAGCAGUGUCACCAGCCUCCCCCCUCCCCGCCGGGGGAAGGGGGAGGGCAGGGCCUCGUUGUGGCCAGACAAGUCUCCCUGGCCGUUCACCGGGACCGGUUGCAGGGGCCCCCAAGCCCCAUGCUGGCCCACACGUGCACGCCUCGGAUGGACUUGUCAGUGGACAGCCAGCCCAGCAUCUGAAGAGCUGUGGUCCCCUCUGCCCAAGAGAGACUGCCUGCCACCAGGAAUCCUCCAGGGUGGGGCUGGUGAAGGCCAUUUUGGAAGUCAGUGCCCAGUUUUAGGAAUGUGGAGGAAGGAGUUACAUUGAUUCCUUGAGGAAUCUGUUAGCAGUGUGCAUCUGUUCUGUUAAGAGCAACCACACGACGGCCGAGGCCCGUGGUCAGCGGCCCGUGGUCAGCGGGCGCAUCCUGGCAGACUCUACAGGCCUCUGCUACCAUGGCCACCAAGUCCUCUCGCCCCUCUGACGAGCGUGUUUCUGGAGCGCACCGAGGUCCCAGGGGCCGGUCACUUCUCGCAGGCUACGGGGUCCAGGUGCUGGAAGUACAGGUAGGCGGGGUCAGGUGUGCCUUCUGCUGCAGCCCUGGGCGUUUGAAGUGUUUAACUGGCAAGCCUGUCGGUACGGAAGUGUUGAUACACAUUGUCAGCCUGUCCUCGGCGCACGUCUGCAGCCACAGCCGGAGGCCACCCAGGGCCUGCGCACUGGGGAGUGGCCACCACUGGACAUGUGCUGCAGGCUUAGCGUGAGAGAUCAUGUUUCCAUUGGGGGGAGGGGGGACGACAACAUAUGGGCAUG